UUUUGAAAUAGUCGUUAGAUCCGAGAACGGGUGAACGGAAUAUUAGGCAUAACCUUUUUAUGUCAGAUCAGCCAAGCGCCAAGCCAGCAGCGCCCUCUCGACGGCUUGUCUUCCUACCGCCAUUACAAACUAAACUCAACAACCUCUUUUCAUCUUCGACCCGUUUGGCGUUUGCCGGUGAAUUCAUUUCUUUAAAUAUCCGACAACAUCUUUUAUAUAAAAUGGCAGAUGAAUAUUUCUUUGCUUUAACGCUUAAAGGAAAAGCCAGUGAAGUAUGGGAUCCAGAAGCAAAAGGAGCCGAAGAUUACCAAGGCGGACAUAAACUGAUAAUCAAACAAGCUUUGUUGGGACCCGAAGCCACCGAUGGUGAAGUAAAUGUAGUCCAAGUCGAAGCUAUGACUUGGAAAGAUUCAGUAAAAAUUCCAGUGGCCACCCUAAAAGCUGGUGGCCCCAAUAGCCAAGUAUUGUUAGAUCUUUCAUUCCCUGACCCACCAGUCACCUUCUCACUCAUACAAGGAAACGGGCCAGUACACAUUAUCGGACAUCAUUUGAUCGGCAGUCCAAUGGAAGAAUUCGAUGAAAUGGACGAAUUAGAAGAAGAAAUGAUUGACGACGAGGAAGGAGAAGAGGGUGCUGAGAGCGGUAAUAGAAAACGGAAAGUUUCGAAUGGAAAAAUAAAGGAGGAAGACGAAGAGGAAGAAGAACCAAAAGUUAAAAAAGCAAAAUCGACUAAUGCCAAGGGAAAGACCCCUGUCAAAAACAAUGCGAAAGCCGCAAAGAAGUAAAAACCUCCUGAUUUCUUUUUUUUUUUUUAACUUAAGUUAGUUUUUUAAUUCAUCAUCUUCUGGGAUUGUCGAUGUAGCAAUUCUGUGAAUUAUUUCUAUGUUUCUGACGUAUGUUUUUUUGUGAAGUAUGUACUUUUAUUCCAGCUAUAAUUAAUGAUUAGUUUUUAUGUAGUUUAUUUUUUAAAUACUUAAGAUAGAAACGUUUUAGGUAUUUAGAUCUUACAACCACUCCGAUUUUGUUGUACAGCCUCAUUAAACCAUUUUUUGUAUUAACUGUUGUAUUUUAUUUGUACCGUUUUCUCACUUAUUUAUUGCAGGGAUGGAUUACAAAAUAACUUAAAUUUUUACUAAAUCAUACAGUACAAACUAUAAAACCAAAAUAAAGCAGAAAGGUUUAUAGCAAAAGAGUUAAUAAGCUAUGCAAUUCUUAAUACAUUUAUGCUUUACUGGUUGUCUACAGAGACUACUAUACAGUGAGCAUCUUAAGUCUUACCCCCCCCUAACUAACUCGUUACUGGGGUCUUGUUAGGAAAAUCGCCGAGACAGG